UGGGGUCGCGUCUCUCAGAGUCGUCUCGAGAGCCGCUAAGGACACACGCGUUCAUUCAGUUUGCCGCGCUCCGUGAGAGAGUAUUUGUGUGUUGCUUGAGGCAUUUCGUGACUGCGCUGUGAAGUUUACAAGUGAUCGUAAAAGUUAUCUCCAAAUGGUCGUGCUUGAAGACGGAGGAAUGAUGACUACAAACCCUAAUCAAUAUUUACAACCUGAUUAUCUAACGCCGCUUCCAUCCUCUUUGGAUUCGAAGAAAAGCCCACUUGCGCUUUUAGCGCAAACGUGCAGUCAGAUCGGCGCUGACACUUUGCCGACGAAACCGCUUUUGCCGCCGCUUGACAAGAAAAAAGUGAAUAGUGUUAGUGAAUCAAUUAGCCGUUCAUCUCCAAAUAACAAUAUGAAUAAGGACAAACCCCGUUCAACUCCAGAACAUAAUAAACAUUUAGCAUUCAAACCGUAUGAAACAAAUGUUGUAACAAAGAAACCAGAAGAUACAAGACCAUCUUCAAAAGCUAGUUCCGACAGUUCCGAUGAGAAAAAAUCGGGAAAAAGUACUCCAGGAAGAAAAUCUACUCCGCCAUCUACAGAAAAUGGAAAAAAUAGCCCGUCGACUGAAAACAAAUCCUCUCCCGCGGGUUCGUCUGGAACGAGCCCAAUAAUCCGUUCCGGAUUAGAAGUUUUAGGACACGGCAAAGAUCACCUUGGUGCAUUUAAAAACUUACCUGGACUGCCUGGAUUUAACCCUCUCGCUGGACUUUGCUGCCCUCCGGGAAUGGAGCAACAUGGAAAUCCCGCAUUCAGACCUCCUUACGCGGGUGCUCCAUUCAGUGCACAUCAUGCCGCUAUGCUGGCAGCCGCUGCCGCAUUCCCUGGCUCCUCACCAAACCCUUAUCUCGGAUAUGCCAGAGUUAAAACACCCGCCGGCGGCGAAACCCUAGUUCCAGUAUGCAAAGACCCUUAUUGCACGGGAUGCCAAUUUUCUGUCAACAACCAUCACUUACUAAUGAGCAAUGGAUCAUGCCCCGCCGGCUGCACGCAGUGCGAACAUCAAAAGUACAAUUUAGCGAUGGCAAUGGCCCUCUCCCAACAAGGAGCGGCCGCGGGCGGUCUCCCUUACCCGCAACUCGGUCGACCCUAUGUUUGUAAUUGGAUUGUUGGAGAAUCAUACUGUGGCAAGAGGUUUGGAAACUCAGAAGAGCUUCUGCAACAUUUGAGAAGUCACACGACGGAUGGUGCGACAGCAUCGACCGCGCAGUCUACUCAACCUUCCUUGUUGAACCCCUUGAAUCCACUUUUCACAACUGCUGGCCUACGCAGUGCUUACCCGACGGCUCCUCUUAGCCCGUUGUCGGCUAGCCGGUACCAUCCUUACUCUAAAGUCGGUCUCCCUGCGAGCCUUGGUGCUUCUCCUUACGGUGCCUUCAACCCAGCACUCGGACCUUUCUAUUCACCAUACGCCAUGUAUGGUCAGAGACUCGGAGCAGCCGCAGUGCAUCAGUAAAUGGAAUGCAGUGAAUUAUUAAAAUGUUUGGACUGGUAAAAUUUUGUAAUGUCCAAUUUUCUUCUGUGAUAUUAAUAGACUCUAAUUCAUGUUCUAAGGCGUAAAUCGCCAUGACAAAUUUAGUGAUUAGUGCAAUUUAUCAUAGUUAUUUACGUAAGUGAACUUGCCGACGGAGUUGCUUCUACGCGAGUAAUUUAAUUGGAAAACUCUGUACAGCCAAAUGAUUUGUGUAAAUAAUAAUCUAUAUGUUUAAUAUUAAAUGAAUUAUUUCAAAUAUAUCUACAUACCAAAAUUAA